ACCAGUUUUGCGAGCUGCAUGGUGAGAACUGCCGAGGUGAGUUCAGUUUGUUCGUGCAGUUCGAGAUGACUGAGGCGAGAGAGCUAGCACGUAAGCCCAUCGAGAGAGGAAACCCACGCCUGCGUGAUCGUGUGGUCGAACGACAGCAAUGGCUUUCCUCUGCCUGUCUGGCUAUGUGUGAGUGCAGUUGAUAUCCUCUUCACGCUUGGGGACGAUUCGCGUGGGCUGUCCUUUGGUGCCCACGGGACGGUUGCUUGUCGGGGGGUCGUGAGGAAGGCCCCUCCCCAGCCCUCACCCUCGUGUUCCCCCGACUCCGAUGAGCAAACGGCGGUCAGCGACUCGAGCCGGGGAAGCGACAGUGAGGCGUCCGGCAAGACGCCCAGCAGCCGCGGCAAUGGCGGGAGGUUCGUUCCACAGCUGGCAAGACUGGCUGACUGUCUGAGAGUGCUGCAGGAGGGCCACCUGCGGCUGCAGCAGGGUGAGUGACCGCACUAGUAGUAAUAUGCACACGGACAUCAAGACAGCCGGGGGCCUUGACGCUUGACGUGUCCUCGUCUGCCUCUCCUGUGCUGUCUGUGACUUAGGAAGCCACAAGGUGUAUCUUCCUAACAGCAUGGGGAUCGAGGACGCACCAGUGGCGAGCAGCACAGACGACACAGCCGCUGACGGCGCCGCGCCAGAUGGGCAGGGCCACGUGGCCACACUCCGCGAGACCAAGCGAGCCGUCAAGGGGGCGGCCGGCCCGUCAACCUCCACCACCUCCAGCAGCCCGGACAGCAGCGGCAGCAUCACGGCCUUCUGUGAGUGGAUCGAGGUGCAGGAGGACAGCCUGGGGCCGUUCGUGCAGCUGCAGCUUGCCAAGGUGCCCGUGGUGUCCUCUCAGCGGUCAGGGGGCGAUGCAGAGAUGGCGAGAGAGGGCAGUGCGGGCCGCAAGGGGGCGAAGAGUCGCCGACAGGGAGCGGUUGAAGAAGACGCCACUCAUACCGGGGCGUAUGGCGUGAAGGUGAGUGACGGAACUAUACAAAAAAGGCAUAGCAAGCCGAAUCAAGAUGUUCCCGUGUGUGUGUGUGUGUGUGUGUGCAGCGGGUGGCGGGCGAAGACAUGUCGUCUGCGCCGCUGGCCCCAUCGCAGCCAUCGGGCCAGUCUUUGUGUGUCGACACGGCCCCAGCCGUCAUAGAGCAGAUCAGGAGUACGCAGAGACUCAAAUCCAGAGGCAGCAAACCCGCACAAAGCAUUGUUCUCCUGUUCCCUUCUUCCAGACAACCGUGUGCCAUCGUCCCCGGCCAAGCUGAGGAAGCCCGCAGUGUCGGACGCACUUUCCCCCCAGUCACGGCAGGCAGACGAUGAGACGCACAGCCAUGGCGCGGCGGCAGACGCGCACCACGAGGGCAAACUGGACGAGAAAGUGGCUAAACGAUGCUCAAGUGAGUCAAGGAGGGAGGGAGGGGACGGGGUGACCUCUGUGUGGAUGCGUUUGUACGUGUUGUUUUUGUUUGGUCUUGUCAUUGCUCCUCCUCUGCAGCGUUGGGCGACUGGCGUCAGAGGUUGGCUGCGGUGGCGCAGUACCGCGCCACACACACCAUGCGCAUCACAGAGGUGUGCAAGAUGGUCAACUGGAGCCAAACACGGUACUAUUGCGUGUGUGUGUGCCUGUCUGUGUGUGUGUCUGUGUGUGUGAGAGAGAGAGAGAGAGAGAGAGAAGCGCAACUUGACCGUUGUUGCAUGGCGGAUGUGUUGUGUUGGGUUGUGUCGCUUCUGUUGGCUGCAGGUAUUCUGACGCCAACAAGUAUCUGAAAGAAGCGGAGGAAUGCAUAUCCAACGUCAAGUAAGCCCAGAACACCCUCCCCCCACCCCCACACACACGCACACACAGACGUCGGCAAGCGCAUGCUCUUAUGUGUUAUGUGUUGUGUCAUCUGUCAGUUUGGACUACCAGCACCGUCUGAAGCUGCUGCAGCUGCUGGAGAGCGACUCGACGCUCAUCAGCGAGUUCAAGAAGUUCGUCGACAAGCUCACACAAGAGGCCCCACCCGACCCCAGAUUCCCCUCGGCCAUUCGAAAGAGAGCUCGGUCGCGCGGCGGGCAGCGGUCGGCGCCACACUCACCACCACCACAGGCACCACAUCCACCAGCAAGCGACCACGUUGACGCGGCAACGGCGGCAUCAGCAGCAGCACCGACGGCCGCAGAUCCCUCGGCCAUGCAUAUGGGCGGCAUGCAUGGCUAUCACGGCGGCUAUGUGCCAUAUCCGCACCCUGCGCAUUCUGCUGCUGCUGGGGGGAUGGAUGGGUCGUUCGGGGGCUAUUAUGGCUACGGUGGCGCCAUGGGGGGCGGGGGGUAUGAGUGCGCUGGCGCUGGCAGUGGUGGCGGGGGCUGGUAUGGGCAGCCGAGUGUGGGGGGCUACCGACCACACCACCUGCCACACUCACAUGCGGGCUAUGGUCGCCCCGGGCCUUACCAAAUGCCAUACCACUCUGACGGUAAGACACACGCACACACACACACAGAUACACAGACACAGAGAGGGUGUGGAUCCAUUUGUGUGACGGUGGCCGUGUUCCUCCGUGCCGUGUGUGUCCGAUGUCUGUCUGGUUGGUCUGUCAGGGAUGUACACCUACGGUACUGUCGGCCCUCACUACGGCGUGGUGCCCAGCCCGUAUGGCGGCUACCCCCCCUCCCUCCCCCCCUACCUCCCCCCAUCCAACCCCUCACAGCCGCCAUUCGACUUCUCCAACACACUCAGCCCAUACUACACCCGACGCGACACACACCAGCCGUCGCACCAAGCGCCCGAGCCCUCCGCCUCACCCAGCCCGUCCCCUCCCAUGUGGCUCGCCGAUGGUGCCGCAGAUGCUGCUGAUGGUGCUGGUGAUGACGUCGGUGACGCUGCCAAUGGUGCAGGUGUCAAGGAGGAGAGCGAAUCGGGCGGUGGCGGCGGCAGCAGCGGGGAUGCCGCCAAUGGCAAUGUGUCGACACAGGAGGGCGAGGGGGCGUCGGUUUACGCCACCGGCAGUGGCAGUGGGAGUGGCAGUGGCAACGGUGGGGGGGUCAACGGCUCGAUAGCGAGCGUCUGUGGUGAGGCAUGAAAUGGGCUGGGAAUGUGGAGGGGGGGAGGGAUCAUGUGUGUGAACGAACUGGCGAUUUUUGCCUCUUGUGCAGUGUAGGGAGGGAUGGGGCGGGAGUGGGGCGGGCGUGGGAUUUUUCCGUGUAGUGUAUUGCUGCGGUGUGUUUUGAUUGUGUGAUGUGGUGAUGUUCUGAUGGUCACAGUUCCCAAAGGGACGACCAUACAGAAGAGAUAUGGAUGGCCUGCUCGGAUGCUCAGUGAGAGUUUUUGCCUGAACCCGCUUACCUCUGUGGCUGUCUGUCUGUCUGUCUGUGAUAUCAGUGUAGAAAAGGGUCAUUCAGGGGGUGGCAUACAGUACAUCAAGGCAGGUGCUCUUCUCUGCCACAAUGCUGCUGUGCUAGGGGUAUCUGAGACGCGAUGGAUGGAUGGAUGGAUGGAGUUGUGCCGCUAUUUUUGCGUCGGUCGGCUGAUCCAGUGCAGCGGCAGUGUGUAGACAGAGUGACUGCCUGGUGUCACGAAGCAAGCCGCCCCGCCCCUCUCUCUCUCUGUCUUGUCAUGCGCGUGUGGGGGGGGGGGUAUUUUUCUCCUCUCUGAUGGUUGGUUGGCUCGCAAUUCUUGAGAGGAGCAGGUCGCUGUGUGUGUGUGUGUGUAUGGGUUGAUUGGGUAUCGUCAUGCAUAUCUGCAUGCAUUUAUGCCUGGUCGUUCGUGUGUGUGUGUGUGUGUGUAAGUAAGGGACUGUGUGUGUGUGUGUAUGACAAGGACUAUGACAAGGACUCACACCGAGGUGGUUUGUCGGUCAACAAUUGGGCCAAGGUGUGUCUCAUGCCAGCCAACGUCCGCCAGAUCGUGAACCGACGCACACAUAGACGCGCACCACGUCCGCGUGUCAAUAGGUCAGCACGUCUCGGCAAAUAUAAAAUACAGGCAGCAAUGAUUCUUUGAUGUGCUUCAUGGGCUCACUUUUUCUCCCCUCUUUGAGUCCUUCGUGUGCAUCCAUCUGUCGAGAGAGGAUGGCAGGAAGAGCCAAUAGCCGGAAAGCUUUCCGGAGACGGAGAGGGGAUCUGCCUAAAGCAACACGCACUCUACGCCCCCCACCCCCGGUAUAUCUGUCUGUCGUCUGAGUGUGAUAGAGUCGGUCGUCCUCCGACUCUAUCACAGACUCUCAGACUCUCACUCACAUCAUCAGAGUCUCACUCACAGAACGAGCCCACACACACAUGAGUGAGUCCUUCCUUGGUGUGCAUCCAUCCAUCUGUACGUCGAGAGAGGAGAGGAUGGCAGAAAGAGCGAGCCAACUAGCCGGAAAGAGAGACAGACGGGGAUGACUGACGGUAGAAUGAAUACUAGGA